AUGUCGACGCAGCGCUCUGGCAGCCAGCAGGAUGCGAUCGCGAGCCUCCGCUCCAUGCUUCAAGGCUCCGGAGCCGGUGUGCCGGACGACGAUAUGCUCGCAACGCUGCUCGAAGUCGAAGGCUGGGACGUCACUCGCGCCGCACGGCUGGUGGAAGAGGACAACACCGCCGAGCGAAGGCGAAGUGGCGCCGACGACGAGACGAUCGCCCGAUCGUUUGCCCAGGAUCCUCAAGUCCGUGGAUCGAUGGACUUUGAACAGCCUCCGAUCGACGCAUCAAGACGAUCAUACAACGGCCGAGCUGGUAGUUUGGGUGGUCUUGCCGGUGGUGCUGGACUGCGACGCUACCCUGGACCCGGUGAUAACAAUGGACCGUCAAGCGUGGCACAGAUGAUCUGGACCGCGUUGACGUUGCCGUUCUCUGUCGCGUCUAGCCUGCUUCUCUUCCUGGCCCGAGUGCCUCGCCUUCGCUCGCUGUUGCCCUCGCUUUUUGGAAAUGGUGGCGGCAGUCAGGGAUCUUCGGCUUCAGAUCCGCGCACUUCUGCGGAGCGCUUUGUGCGAGAACUCGAGAUGGAGACGGGAGGGACUACCUCUCGUUCCGGCUCAUCAGCCGGCCAAGACCCUCAAGCAGAAGGCUUCGAUACGCGGUUGUCGGUGCUCAAGCGGCUUCCUCCGUUCUUCAUCGGCAGCUACAAGGACGCUCUGCGCCAGGCCAAGGAGCAGAUCAAGAUCCUCGCCAUCGUGCUGGUGAGCCGCGAGCACGGCGACGUGGACCGCUUCAAGCAGAACACGCUCACGGACAACGAGCUUGUGGAGCUGCUCUCUCGGGACGAUUUUAUCGUGUGGGGCGGCGAUGUUCGCGAGCGCGAAGCGUAUACAGUAGCACGGACGCUGCAGGCGAGCACCUACCCGUUUAUCGCUUUCAUCGCACUGCAGCCACCGCGUCAAUCGAGCCGAGCAGCAGCAGCGUCGUCGGGCUCGUCUCCGAGGCCGGCUGUACUGUCUCGACUUGAAGGAUCGCCGUCGUCUGCUACUUCGGCCGCGUCGAUUGCAUCGCAUAUCUCCGACGUGCUUCUACCGCGUACGCGCGUGUACAUGGAUCGAUUGCGUGCCGAGCGACGUCGGCGCGAAAUGGAGCGCGAGCUGCGUGCCGAGCAGGAUCGCGCCUAUCAGGAGGCGAGUCGACGGGAUGCCGAGCGCAUCGCGCAGCGACGCGAAGAGGAACGUCGAAAGGCCGUCGAGGCGCAACGGCGUCGCGAGGAGCAGGAGCAGAAGGAAGAGCUGCAGCGCCGACAGCAGAUCUGGCGGAGGUGGGCAUCCAACAAUCUCAUUCCACAAGAGCCGGGCGCGACGCACGAGGCGGUGCGCUUCAGCUUCCGACUGCCAAGUGGCAAGACGCUGGCGCGACGCUUUUCGCCACUCGACCCCGUCGAGGCUGUCUUUGCGUACGUAGAGUCGGCCUCGGUUGCGUUGGAAGCUUCCGAGGUUGAAGGCGAGGUGCGAAAGCCAGAGGGGUACGAGCACACCUACCGCUUCAGUCUGGUCACUGGCUAUCCGCGCAAACGGAUCGAGUUUGGCGAUGCGGGCGCCUCAAAGCUGCGGGAUGUGGAAGGACUCGCUCAGGGCGCCAGCCUCAUUGUCGAGGGACACGUUCUUGGCGAUGCAGCCGCAGCAACGGACGAUGAAGACGACGACGACGAUGAUGACGGAGAUGCAACGCACAGCGGUGUCGCUGCUUGA